GACGUUUGUUUUUGUCAAAACAAACAUCUUCAGCAAUCGACACGAACGACAUGAAAAUUUUAAUCUCUUGUUUCCUGAUUGAAUAUUAAAAAAUGGUGCAUUGAGUGAUUGUAUAAUUUCGUAUUGAUCGUCCAACGAACGACCCCAUCAUCGAAAGAUGGCCCGCCAUCGGCGUACGGUGAGUGAUGUGUUCAAUAUCGAAAUGGCGAACGGGUCGGGUUCGCAGCAAGAGCAAGAACCAGUCCAACAGCAGAGAAAAAUAAACUUUGCGGAUAUUUCCAAGUGUUCGCCUUCGUCCUCGUCCAGCGAUUUCCAAAACACUAGCGAUAGUAAUUUUCUGCUGCGAACGGAUGCGGCCUACAGACGACAGUAUUGUUACGGUAGUAUUGAGAAACAAAGCCAGGGUACGGAAGAAAAUGUGUAUGACGGCACCGAGUGCGAUGAUGAUUACGAGACGGAGGAGGGUGAAGUCGACGAGGACGAGAUACGGGAUUUCGAGAGCAUACGAGACAGCCAGUUUGAAACAAGUGCCGCCGAUUGCAGCAAAACGAGUCGAGUGGCAGUCGAUAGCUUCCGUAGAUGGUCGGCGAAUUUUGGUAAAAGCAUAAAGAACAAUAAACGUAAUAUGUACAAUAAAACAAUCAGGUUUAUGCCAUCACGACUACAGAAAACUUUGUCCAUCAAUGGGGACCUUAUGACGAGUACUACCUCCGAUGUGGAACAUAUAACUAUGGAACUAGAACAGAGGGAGCAACUAAUGGAAGACAAUCCACUGUCGGAGCAACUUCGUAUAGACGCAAUCAAAUCAAUGGCACAAACGUUAUCCAUCAAACGUCAGAUUCGAGCCAAUCUAACUCGAACGGUUACCCGUCGUUCGGUUAGCCGAUCGAAAUCAAUGAGCUUUCUACGAAAAUGCAAAUACAGUAGCAAAAUUUACGCUAGCCGGUUUGUCAAAUUCGUCAGGCAUAUCAUCACAAAUUUCGAGUUGUUCUACGGAAGCAUGAAAGAGAUCGAGGGACAUUUCGGCAGUCGGAUCAGUGCCUACUUCAAGCUUCUCCGUUGGCUGCUGGUGCUCAAUUUAAUCGUGGUUAUUUUCGUAUUUUGGUUUGUUACAUUCCCACAGAUCCUUUAUACAGGGGUGCAAAAUUCUGAAGCACGGGUGUUGAAUACAACGGUUGACGAUGAAGUUGAAGCAAGAGUACUUAGAAACACUCGAUCAAACUUCCAACUAACCGAUAUUUUUACUGGAGAGGGCUACUUCACCGAUUCCAUCUUGUUCUACGGUUUCUACAGCAAUUCUUCCUUCACGCUGCUUCCGGGGACAUCGGAGUACAGUCUGCCUCAUGCUUACUUUCUUACGGUCAUCAUAAUGUACCUGGCAACGUUUGCAUUCGUUUCACUCAGCAUGGCCCGUUCCUAUCGGAUAAGCUUCAUCGAAGCUAGUGGAGCCGUGCACAAUGUGCUUACACACAAAAUCUUCUGCUCCUGGGACUUUGGAAUAGCAAAUGAGAAAGCUGCUCAACUAAAACACUCCAGCAUCUAUCAAGAUCUUCGGGAGUAUUUGACAAUAAUCAAUCGUUCCGAGGGACCGUCUGGCAAAUGGCAAAGCGUUCGAAGUUAUCUAUUUCAUCUGACAGCUCAUUUGAUAGUGUUAAUAAUGAUCACUGCCGUUGGAUACGGGAUAUGGAUGCUCCUGCAACAGUUUGGUGAAACGGAACACUUCAGUACAUGGUCAGCCCUGUACGUAUCAAUAGCCAUCAACAUUACCAUGUUGGUGUUUCAAUACGUGUUCAAGUUUAUUGCCAAAAAAGAAGACUACCGCCGAUCAUCAACAGCACUGAACAUCAACCUGAUGCGAAAUUUCCUGCUCCAGCUGUGCAUCGUCAGUGUUCUCUUGUUCUAUUGGUUGACGCGAUCAUACGAGAGUUGCUGGGAAACUUCGAUCGGGCAGGAAAUCUACCGGCUAGUCAUCAUAGACUUCAUCAUAUCGGUCCUUUUCUUAGCCUUCCUUCAGGCAUCCCGCUACGCUAUAAAUCGCUUGUACUGGCGCACCGUCUCCCUGCCUGAAUUUUGCCUCACCAAUAAUAGCCUUGGCCUAGUCUACAAUCAAACGUUGUUAUGGUUUGGAUUGCUGUUUUCCCCUCUGCUAUGCAUCAUCGUCACUGUUAAGUUGAUUAUGAUUUUCUACGUUAAAAAGCUUAGUUUGAUCUACUUUUGCAAACCACCAAUCAAGCUGUGGCGCUCAAAUCAAACCCAAACCCUCUUUCUGGUGUUAGUGUUUGUAUCACUUUUCGGAGUAAUCGUUACGCAUGGAUACAUAAUGACGCAGGUUGCUGUGAGUGACGAAUGCGGUCCGUUCCGGGACAACACCUACAUGUAUCAACUAUUCAUGCAGGGAAUUCUUAAGUUAAAGGAGGAACAUUUCUUUUGGAAAAUUUUUAUCUACAUAACCAAACCUGCUAUCAUUGGGGGUCUUCUGCUAACGAUGGCUGUAGUUGCAUACUAUCUGAGGGCAAAAUCUAAGGCGCAGAUAGCGAAAGUCAAACUGUUGAAGGAAAUGCUCUGUAUGGAGGCUAAGGACAAAGAGUUUCUAUUGGCAAAUAUAAGUAAGAUAACCCGUGGGAAAGGCUGGACCUUUGACAAUGAACUGCUGAACGGACGAAAGAAUAGUGCCGAUAAGUACUCUAGUGAUCCAAGUGGAACGUGGCGUUAUGCCGAGAGUCCCAGAAAAAUUAGCGGGAACUCGGUGGCAAUGGAGCACGAUGAGAAUCCCAGUGGUGAUGGGUAUCAACGCAUUGAUGAAUCUGGCGAUGGACAAGUUCGAAUGAAACGAUUUUGAAGAUUUUACGACACACGGUGCCAAAUAUUUAUCCGGAUAUUCACUUAAGUAUUAUAUUAUGAUAGUUAUUGAUUGGUUUAUAAAUAAAUAUUUAUAACAAGCUU